GCUGGGUGGUUUGUUUAGUUUGUUAGCGCCAAGAUGGCGGCACCCAUUGAAUCGCACCGUCUUGCUUAUGUGGAACUAUAACUGCAACCCAGAAAAUUAUUGCGUCAAUUUUGAAGAGAUGCACAAAGUUGACUGCGAGUUCCACAAUUUUGAUGGCGGCGCAUUCAUGGUGUUGCGGAUCUAUGUUGUUUUGACCUGCCGGCGUUUUCAAAUUUUCUGCAAAGCGUCUAGCUAGGUAAAAUGGCGGCUCCCAUAGAUUUUAUUUAGCUUCUUCUUGGCUAAAUAAGCUUGCUUGCUACUGUUAGCUAGUAAGGUAGAACCACAGCUGCCUGGACAUAUUCUCAAUACAGCUAUAUACAAUUGGACUUGAACUGGGAUCAAAACAAACACAUCUUGAUUUUAUAUUUUAUUUUUGUGUGCAGUAUUUUAGCAGGACGCGGUUAUUAAUCCUGUUAGCUUAGCGUUAGCCAGCUAGCUGGCUAUUCCUGACAGGAGAUAACUAGCUCGCUAGUUAACUUAGCAUUGUUAUACUUGAGCUAUUUAGCUCAAUUUUCAAGUAAUAUUGAAAAGCUUUUCAAUUUGGAUUUUUUUCCCUCAAAGAGGAACUUCAUCUCCCGGCACAAUGGCAUCUGGCUCAGUUCUGCAGCCACGGUGGAAGCGGGUUUUGGGUUGGUCCGGUCCUGUCCCUCGGCCCCGACAUGGGCACCGUGCGGUUGCAAUCAAAGAAUUGAUGGUCGUUUUCGGGGGUGGCAAUGAAGGAAUUGUGGAUGAGUUGCACGUUUAUAACACAGCGACCAACCAGUGGUUCAUUCCUGCUGUCCGUGGUGAUAUCCCGCCUGGCUGUGCUGCAUAUGGAUUUGUGUGUGAUGGCACCAGGCUGCUGGUGUUUGGAGGGAUGGUGGAGUAUGGCAAAUACAGCAACGAUCUGUAUGAACUACAGGCCAGCCGCUGGGAGUGGAAGCGUCUGAAGGCCAAGUCUCCUAAGAACGGCCCCCCUCCAUGCCCCCGUCUGGGCCACAGCUUCUCCCUGGUAGGGAACAAAUGCUACCUGUUCGGAGGACUGGCUAACGACAGCGAGGACCCCAAGAACAACAUCCCCAGAUACCUGAAUGAUCUGUAUACGUUGGAGCUGCGUGCCGGCUCCAGUGUGGUGGGCUGGGACAUCCCCAUCACCUACGGGGUGUUGCCCCCGCCCAGAGAGAGCCACACUGCCGUAGUCUACUCAGAGAAGUCCCGUCUAGUCAUCUAUGGAGGCAUGAGUGGUUGUCGUCUGGGGGAUCUGUGGAUCUUAGACAUAGGUGAGGGAGAAUCCCGCAGGCUUCUUCGCCUACGGAACCGUCUGAGACCAGCCACACAGAUUAGUAACCCAGCUACUCGCAUGCUGAAGACUGCUGCGGCUCAGGUGGGCACGUCAGGUGUCGCCACACCCGGAACACCCAAUCGGCCAAUCAUCACCGUGCACAAGUCUGGCACGGUGACGGUUGCCCAGCAACACCAGGUGGUUACCACGGUAGUGGGAGGAGUCACCAAGACCAUCACUCUGGUUAAGAGUCCCCUCACUCUGGGGGGAGGUGGCACGUUGCUGACUGCGGCCAACCAGGGCCAAAACAAAGUGAUGUCUGGCAAGGACGUGCAGCAUUGGCUGUCUAACCUGUCCAACCUGGGGAAGGUGAUGUCAGUAGUCCAGACCAAACCUGGUCAGACCGGGGUGGUGACGGGACAGGCUGGCUCCAGCCUACAGCACAUCCUACAGACGAAGGGUCCUCUCCCGGCGGGUACUAUCCUGAAGCUGGUGACGUCAGCCGACGGUACGCCCACCACCAUCAUCACCACUUCCAAGGCCGGGGGCACCGUUGGGGGAAAGCCCACCAUCUUGUCCUAUAGCAGCAUGCCCACCUCCACCUCAAAGCCGGGCACCCACAUUAUACCCAUUGGAAAAACGGGAGUGACAGGAAGUGGUAUGAAGUCCCCCAUUACCAUCAUUACCACUAAGAUGAUGACACCAGGCACCGGGACACCAGGCAAGAUCAUCAGCGCAAUGCCCAGAGCUGGGCCUGGUCAGCAGGGACUCACACAGGUGGUACUGAAGGGUACCCCCGGACAACCCGGAACUAUUUUACGGACCGUCCCCAUGGGAGGCGUACGUCUCGUCUCCCCGGUAACGGUUUCCGGUGUCAAACCUAACGUCACCACCCUGGUCGUCAAGGGAACCACGGGUGUGACCACGUUGGGUACGAUGACUGGCACAGUGUCGACCAGCCUGGCAGGAGGAAGUGUUACCACCGCUGCUCCCAUCACCACCUUGGGCACCAUGACGACCCUGCCUGGACAGGUCACCGUCUCCGCAGCACAGGUACAGUUUAUUGUCUUAUCUACCACCUUUGCUACGUCAGUCCAGUUUGACACCAAGCUGACGUUGAUACGUCCGGGUGACGCCAAGCUGACGUUGAUACGUCCGGGUGACGCCAAGCUGACGUUGAUACGUCCGGGUGACGCCAAGCUGACGUUGAUACGUCCGGGUGACGCCAAGCUGACGUUGAUACGUCUGGGAGACGCCAAGCUGACGUUGAUACGUCUGAGAGACGCCAAGCUGACGUUGAUACGUCUGAGAGACGCCAAGCUGACGUUGAUACGUCUGAGAGACGCCAAGCUGACGUUGAUACGUCUGAGAGACGCCAAGCUGACGUUGAUACGUCUGAGAGACGCCAAGCUGACGUUGAUACGUCUGAGAGACGCCAAGCUGACGUUGAUACGUCUGAGAGACGCCAAGCUGACGUUGAUACGUCUGAGAGACGCCAAGCUGACGUUGAUACCUGGCACAGUGUCGACCAGCCUGGCAGGAGGAAGUGUUACCACCGCUGCUCCCAUCACCACCUUGGGCACCAUGACGACCCUGCCUGGACAGGUCACCGUCUCCGCAGCACAGGCAGGAGGCCAGGCCACCCAGGUGACCUUAAUCACUACCCCUAGCGGUGUGGAGGCUCAGCCUGUCCAUGAUCUUCCUGUCUCCUUCCUGUCCUCCCCCACCUCCGCCGACCCCUCCUCCACCCAGCCCGAGGCAGGCGACCCAGGCACCGUGACCCUGGUCUGCUCGAACCCCCCCUGCGAGACCCACGAGACUGGCACAACCAAUACAGCGACCACAGCCUCCGCUAACAUGACUGGUAAUGGUGGGGUGGAGCGGGUGUGUUCAAACCCGCCGUGUGAAACCCACGAAACCGGCACCACCAAUACUCAAACGACGGCGUCCUCCAACAUGGGCCAGGUGCAGCAGGUGUGCACCAACCCGCCGUCAGAGACCCACGAUACAGGUACCACCAACACCCAGACGACGGCGUCCUCCAACAUGGGCCAGGUACAGCAGGUGUGCACCAACCCGCCGUCAGAGACCCACGAUACAGGUACCACCAACACCCAGACUACCGUCAGCUGUAACAUGGGAUCCAACCAGCAACAACAACAGGGCUCCUGUGUAAUCGACAACACCAGCGGGUCCGAUCCCCCGUCCUCUCCGCCCCCCUCUUCCGGAGCCCUCUCCCCGUCGUCUGUCUCUGGUAGCAGCUCUGUGCCCGGGGUGUUACGACCGGAGACUCUGAGAACAGGGACUACCUACACCUCGACCACCGCACGCUCCAACAUGGGCUCUGACAAGAUGGGCAUGACGCUCAGCUCCUCGUCCUCAGAUAACCAGAGCAGGUCAUCCGGUGGUGGUGGUGGAGGAGGAUCCUCCCUCACCUCUCCUGUCUGCUCCAGUCCACCUUGUGAAACACACCAGGCAAGCCCCACUGAGGCCGGAGCUGGAGACAGCAGCGACACACAGGUCUGCUCCAAUCCACCUUGUGAAACACACGAGACUGGCACUACCACUACGUCGACGCAGGCCAACUCCAGUAUGGGCAACGGGCAGACGACAGGGACAGUGCAGAGGGUGUGUUCCAACCCGCCGUGUGAAACGCACGAGACUGGCACUACCACUACGUCGACGCAGGACAAGCAGACGACAGGGACCGUGCAAAAGGUGUGUUCCAAUCCGCCGUGUGAAACGCACGAGACGGGCACCACCAACACCCCGUCUCAGACUACGUCCAACCUGGCGGGGACGGGGACAGGCACGGUCCAGAGGGUGUGUUCUAACCCGCCGUGUGAAACGCACGAGACGGGGACGACCAACACCCCGUCUCAGACUACGUCCAACCUGGCGGGGACGGGGACAGGCACGGUCCAGAGGGUGUGUUCCAACCCGCCGUGUGAAACGCACGAGACGGGGACGACCAACACAGCUACCACAGCCCAGCCUGGUGACUCGACACAAGGAGACAACGGAACUACAGAGGUUCCCUCGUCGUCCUCGGCAACCACCGAGACCAGCGCAUCGACGACAUCUGGCAGAGCCGUCACCACGGUUACUCAGUCCACGCCCACACCUGGGCCCUGCGUACCUGAGAUCUCAUCAAUGUCUGGUUCGUCCGAGGCGGUGGCAUCGGGGGCUGAAGAGGAAGAGGAGGCCAUGCAGACCGACUCUCUCCCAGAGGGCACAGUGAGGGUCGUGACCCUGGAGGAGGCUGCUGCAGCUGGGAUACAGGUCCAUGUGGAGGGCAUGGAGGAACAAAACCAGGGGGAGCAAGAGGGACUUCCUGCGGAGCUGAUGUCUGAAGGCGGCUCGGGGGGCCAGCAGACCCUGAUGGUGACGGGUUUAACCCCCGAGGAGCUGGCUGUUACCGCUGCAGCCGAGGAGGCGGCACAACACGCUGCUACUGAGGAGGCUAACGCCCAGGCCAAGGCCAUACAGGCUGUCCUGCAGGCCGCACAGCACGCUGUCAUGAACGACGGUGGCCAUCAGACCACCAACAUCCCCAUUGUGUUGACUCAGGCUGAGCUGGCAGCCCUGGUACAACAACAGCAGCAGCUGCAGGAGGCCCAGGCUCAGGCUCAGGCUCUUGCUCAGGCCCAGGCCCAGGCCCAGGCCCAGGCCCAGGCUCAGGCUCAGGCUCAGGCUCAGGCUCAGGCCCAGGCUCAGGCUCAGGCUCAGGCUCUUGCUCAGGCCCAGGCCCAGGCCCAGGCCCAGGCAGCAGUAGCACAACACAACCAGGCAGCAGCACAACACAACCAGCCCACCGAGGGCCUGGCCCCAGCAGACAGCCUGAACGACCCGGCGUCAGAGACUAACGCCGAUGAGUUGGCUGCUGCAGUGACCCAGGCGGUGGCCCGAUUAGCCCCGUCCUGCACCUUAACCCCCACUCAGACAAUGAUGGUGGCCGGCCCGGCUAAGAUACAGGCAGCUGCGACCAUGGCAGAGGUGGUCAAUGGAAUAGAGUCUGCUGCUGGGAGGCCAGGACUGCCUCCUGCGGUGGUCAAAGCCCCGCUGAAGAAAGACAACCAGUGGUUUGACGUUGGCAUCGUCAAGGUCACCAACACGGUGGUCACGCACUACUACCUACCCGACGAAGACGCGGCUGCUGCUGAUGACGACUCUGGGACGAUCCCGGACUACAGUCAGAUGAGGAAGAUCGAUCUCCAGCCAGGGACGGCCUAUAAAUUCAGGGUGGCCGGGAUCAACACCUGUGGCCGGGGGAACUUCUCGGAGGUCUCCGCCUUCAAGACGUGUCUACCAGGCUUCCCCGGAGCUCCCUGCGCUAUCAAGAUCAGCAAGAGCCCAGACGGCGCCCACCUGACCUGGGAGCCUCCGUCGGUCACAUCUGGUAAGAUCAUUGAGUACUCGGUGUACCUGGCCAUCCAGAGCGCCCAGAGCGGGGAGCAGGCCAAGCCCACCACCACCACCACCCCAGCCCAGCUGGCUUUUAUGCGGGUGUUCUGUGGGCCUAACCCCUCCUGCCUGGUGCAGUCGUCCAGCCUCUCCAACGCACACAUAGACUACACCACCAAGCCUGCCAUCAUCUUCCGUAUCGCAGCCCGCAACGAGAAGGGCUACGGCCCUGCCACGCAGGUCAGGUGGCUCCAAGAGAUUAGUAAAGAUGGCCUUGCAGGUAAACCUACUGUUAAGAGACCAGGCUCCUCGCCUGACAUGAAAGCUGCUGGUCCAAAGAAGGCCAGAUCAGACCAGUGAGGAGGGGUUUCCUUCCUCUCCCCUUGUUGUCCAUGAUGACUAUGACUGAACUGAAAACAACACCUUCCUACUGAAUACAAUACCCCAGGCUCUACCCGGACCCCAACCUCUACCAGAACCCCAACCUCUACCCGGACCCCAACCCCUACCAGAACCCCAUCUAACUCUACAACAGCACAUCCUGAACCCAGACCAGGCUCUACCCGGACCCCAACCUCUACCAGAACCCCAUCUAACCCUACAACAGCACAUCCUGAACCCAGACCAGGCUCUACCCGGACCCCAACCUCUACCAGAACCCCAUCUAACCCUACAACAGCACAUCCUGAACCCAGACCAGGCUCUACCAGAACCCCAGGCUCCACCAGAACCCCAGGCUCUACCAGAACCCCAGGCUCUACCAGAACCCCAACCUCUACCAGAACCCCAACCUCUACCAGAACCCCAACCUCUACCAGAACCCCAUCUAACCCUACAACAGCACAUCCUGAACCCAGACCAGGCUCCACCCGGACCCCAACCUCUACCAGAACCCCAACCUCUACCAGAACCCCAUCUAACCCUACAACAGCACAUCCUGAACCCAGACCAGGCUCCACCAGAACCCCAACCUCUACCAGAACCCCAUCUAACCCUACAACAGCACAUCCUGAACCCAGACCAGGCCCCGUCCUGAACCCAGACCCCGUCCUGAACCCAGACCAGACCCCGUCCUGAACCCAGACCAGGCCCCGUCCUGAACCCCAUCUAACUCUACAACAGCACAUCCUGAACCCAGACCAGGCCCUGUCCUGAACCCAGACCCCGUCCUGAACCCAGACCAGACCCCGUCCUGAACCCAGACCAGACCCCGUCCUGAACCCAGACCAGACCCCGUCCUGAACCCAGACCAGACCCCGUCCUGAACCCAGACCAGGCCCCGUCCUGAACCCAGACCAGGCCCCGUCCUGAACCCAGACCAGGCCCCGUCCUGAACCCAGACCAGGCCCCGUCCUGAACCCACACCAGGCCCCGUCCUGAACCCACACCAGGCCCCGUCCUGAACCCACACCAGGCCCCGUCCUGAACCCAGACCCCGUCCUGAACCCAGACCAGGCCCCGUCCUGAACCCACACCAGGCCCCGUCCUGAACCCACACCAGGCCCCGUCCUGAACCCACACCAGGCCCCGUCCUGAACCCACACCAGGCCCCGUCCUGAACCCACACCAGGCCCCGUCCUGAACCCAGACCAGGCCCCGUCCUGAACCCACACCAGGCCCCGUCCUGAACCCACACCAGGCCCCGUCCUGAACCCACACCAGGCCCCGUCCUGAACCCACACCAGGCCCCGUCCUGAACCCACACCAGGCCCCGUCCUGAACCCACACCAGGCCCCGUCCUGAACCCACACCAGGCCCCGUCCUGAACCCACACCAGGCCCCGUCCUGAACCCACACCAGGCCCCGUCCUGAACCCACACCAGGCCCCGUCCUGAACCCACACCAGGCCCCGUCCUGAACCCACACCAGGCCCCGUCCUGAACCCACACCAGGCCCCGUCCUGAACCCAGACCAGGCCCCGUCCUGAACCCAGACCAGGCCCCGUCCUGAACCCAGACCAGGCCCCGUCCUGAACCCACACCAGGCCCCGUCCUGAACCCACACCAGGCCCCGUCCUGAACCCACACCAGGCCCCGUCCUGAACCCACACCAGGCCCCGUCCUGAACCCACACCAGGCCCCGUCCUGAACCCACACCAGGCCCCGUCCUGAACCCACACCAGGCCCCGUCCUGAACCCACACCAGGCCCCGUCCUGAACCCACACCAGGCCCCGUCCUGAACCCACACCAGGCCCCGUCCUGAACCCACACCAGGCCCCGUCCUGAACCCACACCAGGCCCCGUCCUGAACCCACACCAGGCCCCCGUCCUGAACCCAGACCAGGCCCCCGUCCUGAACCCAGACCAGGCCCCCGUCCUGAACCCAGACCAGGCCCCCGUCCUGAACCCAGACCAGGCCCCCGUCCUGAACCCAGACCCCGUCCUGAACCCAGACCCCGUCCUGAACCCAGACCCCGUCCUGAACCCAGACCCCGUCCUGAACCCAGACCAGGCCCCGUCCUGAACCCAGACCAGGCCCCGUCCUGAACCCAGACCAGGCCCCGUCCUGAACCCAGACCAGGCCCCGUCCUGAACCCAGACCAGGCCCCGUCCUGAACCCAGACCAGGCCCCGUCCUGAACCCAGACCAGGCCCCGUCCUGAACCCAGACCAGGCCCCGUCCUGAACCCAGACCAGGCCCCGUCCUGAACCCAGACCAGACCCCGUCCUGAACCCAGACCAGGCCCCGUCCUGAACCCAGACCAGGCCCCGUCCUGAACCCACACCAGGCCCCAUCCUGUACCUAGACCAGGCCCAACAACCCAUCUGUCACAAAAUGGCUGUAAAAUAGAUAAAGC